AUUAUGAUAAGAUUAGAACAUUCGUGACGGUAGGUGUAUGUCGUCAGUAUGUUCAAUCAUUUUAAAUAUUCAACUGAGUGACAUUGCACAAUAUUUAACUAUCUAUAAUGGUGUCAAGUAAAAUUCCUCUGUCUUAUAUAUUCUCUUUCCUUGUGAUUAUGUCAGCACCCACAUGUAUCUCCUCAACAAGUAUAUUGGAAACUCCUUAUUUUGGGUCGAUUGAAGUGGAUGGUGAGUUUGCAUGUUCCGCUACAGUCAUCGACGAUGUUUUUGUGCUGGCUUCAAACUCUUGUAUCAGCGGACAUGAUGUGAGUUCUCUAGCUGUCCGGGUGGGCACAGACAAGCUGGGUCACCGAGGGCAGGUUUACAACGUUCACAAGUUACACUAUUACUUCGAUAACGGAAUACUUCCUUCUCCUCCAGAUGUUGACGUCGUUUUGGUCGAGGUCUCUGUUCCCUUCUGGUUCAACCCUCGAGUGACGUGGCUGAACCCUAACAACGAUGGUAUAAAGGAGCUCCAAAAUGGCAUAGUAUCGACGUGGGCAGAACCAAAGACUAGAGGGAGUCCCCUGGUUUCCGCAUCAGUGUUUGUACUGCCCUCAGCCAACUGCUCGGAGAUGUACAGCGGCAUUCGUAACAUUUCUAGGGGGGAAUUUUGUCUCUGGCCCCAGGACUCCACAAGUCAGCCAUGUCAGGCUAGCCUGGGAGCCCCAAUGUACUACAAUGAACAACUGUACGGGAUGGUGACGUACACUCCUGGGUGUAGUAGACCGAACUUGCCGGUCAUCGUACAGGGAGUAUCAACGUUGACUACCUUCAUGAUAUUCAUUUUCUGCGACCUAGCUAAAAUAUUAGGAUAAUUUUAGUUCAGCAAUGCUUGUACACUCAAAAUGUAAAAUUAUACAUUCCGUUAUAAAUUUUAAA